GGCACAGCAGCACAUCAUGAUUUGGCGGUGGUAUACAAGAAUGCUUUCCUGCCUCCUAUCCAAAUUAUUGCUUCCAAUGUUUUUGGUGUCACCGGAAGAUGGACAUUAUUUGGUUCGAACAAAGUGGCAGGCCACGGAGUGCGUUAUUGAACCAGUUGUUCGCAGCUCCAACAAAACUGUGAGGAAAAGUACCCACUGCGAUAAAACUCUUGCCAUCUGGACGGAACAUUAGUCCUUCUGGAGACGAAAUAUCUUGGAUCUGACUCCUGGCUGGUAUUUUCAACCGUCAUGGGAUGUGGUGGGGGGUGGAAUAAGCGGACAGCAUAAACAAAGCUUCUUCUUUAGUGCAGUCUCCGCUUCGGGCAUAUCGUCAUUUUUUUCUGGAAAUUUUCUCGAGCCAUACCACAUUAGAUAAUUUGCUGGUGUUCUAUCUGUUCCAAAACCACACAGUCUCUAUUCAGGUUC